AUGGGGUCUUUAUUAGAGCAAUGUGCUCGGCUUGGCCAACUGCACCUUGGGUGCCAGUUUCACGAUCAAGCUUGCCAAUCCCAGAUUUCGCAAUGUCGCCACCAGCCAAACUGGAUCUGGGGGUCGACCCCGCUCAAUAUCACCUCUGAUUUUUAUAACUUGGUGUCACCCAUUACUCGCUCUGGUCUCACUAUCGACAACUUCAAGCGCAAGGAUUUUCGAUACAGCUUCUUACCGCCUCUUCAAGACUUGCCCAAUGAUUACCCUCGUGCAACUCCUGGUGCAUGGCAUCGUUUUUGGAAUUCAGCCCAUAUCCCUCAUCGUGCUACAACAGUCCUUUGGCGUCUCCUACAUCACCGCAUAUCAUCACGUGCACGUUUACAUCGUCUCAUUCCCACCUCAUUGGGAUCACAUCUCUACCUUGUCGAGAAUACCACCGCAUCCAACUCUGACACCCGUAUUACAGGCUCCACCAUCAUUGUUUGCGGUGUGCUGGCCAUAUGGAAAGCCCAUUGGCAAUUCAUCUACAAUGACGAGCGUUUUCAAGCACAGGCUGUUGCUGGCAAGGCUGCAACCUCCAUACUUCAAAUUGAACAAGAGCACAACCUCUAG